AUGAUGCACGAAAAAUCGCUUGAGGCUCUUGGCAAACAUAACUUGCAAUUCCUCGAUCGACAUAUCGGACGAAAUAAAUGCUUGCCUGUAAUAUUCUACUUUGCGGUAACACGUAAAAACGUGAAAAUUAACUAUAAAAAUGCGUGUCCAGCUGCAAAAUUGUCAGCUGAGAUAUUCUCAUAUCAAUUAAUGGAAAUUGGAAGCAGAGUGGUGCCGGUUGAUCUGACCUCAGGACGAAUUUUAUUGCCUCGUAAUUUCUGCGAUUUAGUGACGUCAAAAGAAGAAUUGUUUUGA